UAUUUACCUUUCUCCAAAGUCAAACGCUCAAUUACCAUGGAAAUCUACCCCACAAAACCACUCCAAAACUCCACGAGGGAGGUCACGGGUCACCCUUUCUUUACCUUUUGGUAUGAACAGAACAUCAGCACGCUUUUGCCGCCCUCUGCAUUCUUUUACAGCACAGAACAUUGUUCUUUUCUUCUGCUCGUAUUUUAAUGGCUUUCGGUUUGUCUCGACUAUGGACAAGGUUUCAACAAAAUAUUAACAUAACGGGAAUUUGGAAAGGCAAACCACGAGCUUGUUUACAAGCUUUUGAGGGGCCUGCAUUCUUCAUGGAACUUGGUUUUAGCAAAUGGGUAUGUGCAUUUCUACUGUGUUGUUGGCUUAUCUUCUCUGGAGCAUACUCGGUGGAGGGAUUGCGUGGGGAUUCUAAAGUGAGAGGAGUGAACUUGGGAGGGUGGCUGGUCGUGGAAGGCUGGAUUAAACCUUCACUUUUUGAUGGUAUUCCCAACGGAGACAUGCUUGACGGAACAGAGGUACAAUUUAGGUCAGUGACAUUGCAGAAGUAUGUGUGUGCAGAGAAUGGGGGAGGCUCGAAUGUUACAGUCGGCAGAGAUGUAGCAUCUUCAUGGGAAACUUUUAAGCUAUGGAGAGUUUCGGAAUCAAGAUUUCAGUUGCGCACGUCCAAAGGUCAAUUUAUAUCAUGCGAUGGAGAAGGAUGCUCUGUCUCUGCAACUGCAGAAUACCCUUCCACAUCAGAAACAUUUUUCAUUGAAAGGAAGAAUAGUAGAGUUCACAUAAAACUAGAGAGUGGGGCGUAUCUACAGGCUACAACGGGAAAUCAGCUCUCAGGGGACUAUCCAGGAAUGCCAGGAUGGGAUGAGAAUGCAGGCACAUUUGAGAUGACAAUUGUAGCAAAUAACUUGCAUGGAGAUUACCAGCUUGCAAAUGGAUAUGGACACAAUGAGGCCAAGAAGGUUCUUAAGAGACACAGAAACAGUUUUAUCACCUUUGAAGAUUUCAAGUUUCUUCAUAGAAAUGGAAUAAAUACUGUGAGGAUCCCAGUUGGCUGGUGGAUUGCUUCUGAUCCUGAUCCUCCUGCUCCAUUUAUUGGAGGAACUCUUGUGGCUCUGGAUGAUGCAUUCUCAUGGGCACAAGCCUAUGACAUAAAGUGCAUAAUCGACCUUCAUGCUGCUCCUGGCUCCCAAAACGGGAUGGAACAUAGUGCUAGUCGAGAUGGUUUUGUAGGCUGGCCUACUUCUCCAGAUUACAUCUCACAAACAUUGGAUGUUGUUGAUUUUCUAGCUUCCAGGUAUGCAACGCAUCCUGCAUUGCUGGGAAUUGAACUCUUAAACGAACCAUCUGCAACCACAGUUCCCUUGGAUACUUUAGUUUCAUUUUAUAUGCGUGGCUACCAAAUUGUUCGAAAAUACUCACCAACAGCUUAUGUAAUAAUUUGCCAAAGAAUUGGCAAUGCAGAUCCCUUGGAACUUUAUCAAGCUAACAUAGGCACUCACAAUUUAGUGGUGGAUUUGCAUUUCUAUAGUCUUUUUGACACUUUCUUUGUUAAUAUGAGCACGGCGGAUAAUAUACAAUUUAUAUACAAGAGCAGGGAAGCUCAAUUACAGGCCCUCAACAGCUCCAAUGGCCCACUUGUUUUUAUUGGGGAAUGGGUGAAUGAGUGGAAUGUGACAACUGGAUCUCAGACAGAUUACCAAGAGUUUGGAAAGGCACAAUUAGAGGUAUAUAAUGCGGCUUCAUUUGGAUGGGCUUAUUGGACACUUAAAAAUGACAGACAACACUGGGAUUUUGAAUGGAACAUAAAGAACAAUUAUCUCCAACUAGGCGAGUCACCCAACAAGCAAAGUCUCAAUAGUUUAAUGUUGAUUGGUAUUACAUGUGCCCGUUUCUAUCUGCAUCAUUUUCUGUGAAGAAAUGUCACAUCUGAGUUGCAUCAAGCCUCAUAAUUGAAGAUGAAGAUCUACUAUGCGGUUUUUCUUUGUUUUUGGCUUCCCAACCAUUAAAUUCAUUUUGUUAGGCUAGAUUGCUAAGUGCAAUAAUGUGGUUCUUGUAGAGUAUAUGCCGAAAUUGUUGAUGAUGCUGUAAAAUCUUCAAGGCUACGCGUGUUACACCCAAUAAUCUACAAAGGAAGUUCUUCCCGGUUUCGCCUUUA